AUGAACAGCGUCCAACGAGACGCCAGCCGGGCUGGAUCGCUCAAGGGUCCCCCGUCAAAGGUAUCAGCGGGUCUCCGCAGUAACCAUUGGUCAGUUCGCGGCGGGUCAAGAACCGUGUCCAUUCCAGGGGACCCCAACAACACAGUCCCGCCUUUGGUAACAUCUGCGGCAGUCGAACUUGGCUAUCGCGCUGUCGCCACCGACUUAGAGCGCCUUGUCAAGUACUCCACCGUGGGCGUGUCUGUGCGCCAGCGAUGGAGUGAGUUCGACGCGCCCGUGCCGGUUGUUGUCGUCAACGCCACGUGCGAAAGCGACAUCAAAGCGGUGGUCAGGUACUGCAGCAAGAACAAGGUCCCCUUCCUCCCUCAGAACGGCGGCAAUGGCUGGGCUUCGCUCAAGUUUAAUACCCCUGGCGUCAUCCUCAACCUUGCGGGCCUGAAUCAGGUCGUCGUCAGUGCAGACAAGCAGACUGCUCGCGUCGGCGGCGGUGCCAUCAUAUCCGACGUGGUCGCCGCUGCUGAUGCGGCUGGUGUGCUCGUCCAGACUGGCAAUUGCAAUUGCGUCGGCGCACUCGGAGCCAGCCUCGGUGGCGGCUAUGGCAACCUCAUCGGCGAGCUGGGCAUGGCCGCCGAUAACAUGCUGUCCCUCCGGGUGAUCACCGCUGCCGGGGAGGCAAUCAAUGUCAGCCCGUCUUCCAACCCGGAUCUUUGGUGGGCUAUGCGCGGCGCUGGCCCCAACUUCGGCAUCGUCACCCACGCCACCUACAAGGCCGUCCCCACCACCAACCGCAACGCCUGGCUCAUUACUCUGACCUUUGACGGUUCCAGGGUCGCCGAGAUUGCGCAGGCCGUGGAAGACCUACCCCUCCUGCCCAAGCAGGUCGUCUUCUUCAUCCUGUCCAACUCGGCUAUCAUGGUCACUGGCUUCCUCCGCGGUGGCACCGAGGAGGCUGGCCGCAAGGCGUUCGCACCUCUCUAUGCCCUUUCCCCGCUCACCCAGAGCUCCCACGUCGCCCCGUACACCGGUUGGAACGCCCCCAACGACUUCUUCUGUGCCCGUGGCGACCGGAAGCCCGCCUUCACCACUGCCCUCCCCAACAUGAAGGCCUUGUCCUGGCCCGCCGUCUGGGACUUGUACGACAGCUUCCAGAAGCUGCCCGGUGCCCAGAACUCGGCUGUCCUUGUUGAGCGUUACAACCUUACCAAGGCUCAGUCCGUUGGUCGCGGUGCUACCGCCGUUCACGAUGAGCUGCGCUUCAACUCCUUCGGCCAGGCCGUUGUAAUUCCUUGGUACAAGGACGCAGCCCUCGAUGGCCAAGCCCUUGACUUUGCUUCCAAAGUGCGUGAUAUUUGGAGCGGUCCUGCUGGCGGCAAACGCAACCCUGCUUAUAUCAACUUUGCCCAUGGUGACGAAGACCUGGCCGCCAUCUAUGGCUCCAGCCUACCCCGCCUCCAGGAGCUGAAGAAACGUUAUGAUCCUAACAAUGUGUUUGGACAAUGGUUCAGCCUCGCAUGA